AUGCAUGUAUUUCAUACACAAAUUUUCUUUUCUGUCUCACACACAGCCACGUACGACGAGAAAUGCGACAUCUGGUCCACUGGUAUCACAGUCAUUGAGUGUAUAGACGGGCUCCCACCGCUCAUAGAGAUCCAUCCCAUGCGCGCCCUACAGUACAUCGUCAUCAAAGACCCACCCGCAGUCACGUGCACACCCGAGAAAUGGAGCACACACCUACACAUGUUUGUCAAGGAUUGCCUGCAGAAGGACUUUGCGACGAGACAGAAUGCCACAGAUUUGUUGGAG